AUGGCCUCCCUACGCACACAGAGAGCUCGUUUCUCCCAUCUCCCCAAAACAAUAUCCUUCCACUCCCUCCCCGCCACCUCUCGCCUUCUCCAACACCCUCACCUUUACCAAUUCCGCUACAAAUCUCACGCCCGCCCAUCCUCCUCCGCGCAACCAACCGACAAGCACACCGUCCCCUCCACAACCUCAACCUCCUCCAUCCCCCUUUCAGACGAUAUAAACCCACCACCAAGCACCCGCCCCGCAGACCUCGACAUCCCCGAGUCCCUCCCCGACACAGCGCCCGCAACAGACAAGGUCAAGCGCUACUUCUCCAUCGGCCGCGCAUACCUCUCGUUCUACAAGACGGGGCUGAAGAAUGUAUACCACAACUAUUGCGCGUCGCUACCAAUAAGGCGGUCGCUGGGGAUCCCAGCGAGACUACCAACCGCGCCGCCAGCCGCGGCGUUCUACGCGAAACCAAACUCGAAAGGGAAGUAUGGGUCGGAGGAUGAGAGUCAUAAUGGGAAUCAGCACCUCCCAACGAAGACGAGCCGCUCGACUUUCCAGCUCCUCCACCGCGCAGCUUACGACGUCCGUCGCAUGAUCCCCUUCACACUCAUCUUGAUUAUCUGCGGCGAAUUGACGCCGUUUCUCGUCCUCGCUUUCGGAAAUGCCGUUACGCCGUAUACAUGCCGCAUCCCCCGGCAGAUCGAGAAGUACAGAUCCCAGCGCCUAUCGCAGAAGACUAAGGCUCUGAGCGCGCAUGCUGCAGCGGUCGAUGGGUCAGUUACACCGCCCGAGGCUGGCUCGGAGGAGGAAAUGCGCGUGAUUGCGCAGUUUGUGAAUAAGAGUUGGGUGGAGAAGGCGAGUGACGAGGAAGUCCUCCGUGCUUGUGCGGUUCUGGGUCUUGCCAAGUCGCAUACGAUGCCUUCGUUCCUUGUUGGGAUGCUGUAUAGGCGGAGACUGAAGAACUUUGUGGAGUAUCUGAAGCUGGACGAUGAUUUGUUGAGGAAAUGUGGCGGUGCUAAAGCAAUGGAAGCGGCUGAGUUGCGAUUUGCUGUUGAGGAGCGCGCUGGGUUUGGGCUUGCGAUGGGAGAGGAGGAGUGGCAGGCUGAGAGGAUGCAGAGGAGGUGGUUGGAGAAGUGGUUAGAGAGGGGUACAAAAUAG